GUGAUGGAACUGUUCCAGCAUAGAUACUAUAAAUUACAUGGAUAUGAAACGCCUCUAGAUUACAGUGAUUCCAGAUAGUAUCCGGAGUUUUGCUGGGAGGAGGAUUGUCUCACAGCUACCAGAAAAUGAAGAGCUACUGGCAAGCAAAGAAUCUGUUGUCACAAGAGUCUACGAUUGAAAACUGAAGUGAUACCACUAUGAUUGGCUUUAACUAGGUCUGUAAACCAGACUACACCUCAGACAAUGCCUUGCGAGAAGAAGGAACCAUUCAUUGACUGGCGAAAGAAUGACACGAGAAUGUGACGUCCACAUGUCUAUGUCAAAGCCUCUACUCCACAUCAGCUAUUAUAGCCAAGCAUUAUCAUGAUUCAUUCAUUUCCAAUCUAUCUAGACACAUAGUUUUUGUUAUUAAAUAAUAAUAAUUUUGUGCUAUAUUAAAUCCCAGAAUGCACAUGUAAAGUUAUUCUUGUUAUUGUCAAGCCUCCAUCAUCAUCAUUCUCAGUCAGAAAUUUUCAAAAGUCAUCUGAAACGCUCUCAGAGCUGGAACAACUAGAGACACACUUUCAGUAGCCAUUUUUAUUUGGAAAAAUUCGUAUACUAGACCGUUACAUCCGAGGCAAUCAUCAUCCCAGCCCAAACGUCCGUUUACGGAGGCGUUUCAUAUCCAUGUAAUUUAUAGUAUCUAUGGUUCCAGAUUUUCCAGAUUGUGUGCGGCUGAACGGUACGCGGUAAAGGGUUAUUUUUAGAUGAUGGAGCAUUCAAGAAUCACACUAAUGGGUCUGGGAAACUAUGUCAGCGAGCUUGAGGAGGACCAGGAUGACUGCAGCGAGCUUGAGGAGGACGAGGAAGACCAGGAUGACUGCAGUGAUGACUGUUUUGAGACAGAUAUUUCAGACGCGAGUGACGACGAGGACACAGAAGACGGAGGAGGAGGAGGAGGAGGAAGAGACAAGCUGGUGGAUGGUAUGGCUCCAACUCCGAAACGAAGGAAGCUGGCAGGGCAGGAUGGAUUACGAAAAGCUAAGUCCACUGGGAAAUAUCCCGAGUUCAAGGGUGUAGUUGGUGCUGCAGAUAAAGUUGACCCCUGUAACACUGCGUUCAUAGACUUUGUGAAACUAUUGUGGCCAGAUAGCUUGUGUGAGCACAUAGCCGAGCAAACAAACCUGUAUGCCACACAGUGUGGAGCUAAAAGUUGGAAGGGUACUCAUAGAGACGAGAUCUGGGUAUUUAUUGGCAUAAUACUGGAGAUGGGUAUUCAUAGGCUCCCCGAGUAUACUGACUACUGGUCCACAGAUCGGCUCUUAGGAGUACAGGCUGUUAAGGACACCAUGCCUUUCAAUAGAUUUAAAUCCUUGCGGCGCUAUCUCCAUUGUAACGACAAUACGUGCAUAGUUGAUAGCAGAAAGAUAACAAGCAAGAUACAUACAGUUUCGGAAACGCUCAGUACAAACCACUUGGCCAAAUAUCAUCCUAGCCAAGAGCUUUCCGUAGAUGAAAUGAUGAUUAAGUACAAGGGUAGAAAAUGGGGUAAAAUUCAUAUGCCCAGAAAGCCUGUAAAGCUAGGUUUCAAGGUGUGGUGCUGCUCUUGUUCUUGUUGUGGGUAUCUAUGUACGUUUGAUGUGUAUAGUGGUAGGCUCACCGGUUCUUCCGGGACAAAGGUGUCAGAGAAGGGACUUCUGAUGAGGGUAGUGAAGCAAUUAGUUGAGCCUUUUCUUACAAUGAAUCAUGUGGUCUACAUGGACAACUUUUAUACAUCUGGUCCGUUGAUUGUAUACUUACGUAAGCAUGACGUAUUCGUAGUGGGUACAAUGACAAAGUCAGCCGCUGGUUUCCCCUCAGAUCUAAAGGGUGUGGUACCUCAUAAAGGUGAAUAUGUAUCUAAGACUGUGGAUGACAUCUGUUACUUUGUGUUCAAUGACCGUAAGGUGGUGUGUUUUGCUACUAAUGUAUUUCCUGAGACAAUGCCAGACGCUGUGUUCAGAUUGCAGGCAGAUGGUACUCUAUGCGCACAGAGUGUUCCCCCUUGUCUCCCUGCCUAUAACUUGUACAUGGGAGGGGUUGACAAUACAGGGCGUAUGAGGAAGACGUAUGGAUAUGAUAGAAAGUGUCGCCGGUAUUGGUUCAGGAUCUUGUUUCAUUUUGUGGAUAUUACUGUUAAUAAUGGGUAUAUUCUGUACAAGCACAAUUGUGUGAGGGUAGGUGAAAAGCCUAAGUGUUUGAAAGGGUUUCGUUUGGAAGUGAUUGGUAGUCUGUUGAGUAUGUCACGUACAUGUGCUAGAGGUGUGUCUGGUCUCAACCUUGGUAAUCCUCCCUCACAGGACAUCCGUGUGAGUGUCAGCAGAGUGGGACUGAGCAGAGGUAGAUGUCAAAUAUGUGUGCAAGACAGGAUACCCAGCAAGGAGCAAAAGCACACAGCAAUGGCUUGCCCAAACUGUACCAUCAGGAUCUGCCAUGAACAUGCUAUUAUUGGACAUAGAUGUAGUAAACUAGACUAGGUGUGAACGUGCUAAUAAAUAUUAAUUGUGUACAUGUCAUUUUCAAGUGUUUUUCUGUCAUUAUUUUGCAACUAAACAUG